AUGCCGCCGAUUAUUACCCGUAUACCCGUAUACCCGAAUACGGAACACUCAGCACCCGGCCCCACCCGGCCCACUGCCGUACCGUACCCGAAGCGAACGCGCCAAUCCGAAGACGGCCGUCAAGUGGUGCGACAGCGACAGGCCAGCGCCAGGGGAAACCUCGCCUCACCGCAGCGUCCUUGCGGUGUGCCGUACUGUACCGUGGUGCACUUCGACGACGGAUAUACUGUCCCUCGCCCAGGGAAUCUGGUGACGCCCUGGUCCAGCAACGUACGACAAUCCUGCCCUCCACCACCACGCCCGGAAUUGCCGGACUGCAUCCUCGUACGGCCCACCGCGAGUAUAUCCUCUGAGAUCAGCGGCCAGAUAACGAUUCCUCCUCACUCCAACACGUUCGAGUCGAAAUCUCUCGUCCUGGCCUUUGCUUGA